GGGUGGAGAUGACAGAAAGGAGAAACCAAUGAGGGCAUUGUUGGAGUUGGGGGUGGAAAGGCAUUUUUCACUGAAAAGAGAAUUUUACAAGACGGUGCAAAUUCUUGUGGGAGAAAAAAACUAAAUCAACCAGUGGAACACAAGUGUCUGCAAUAAUGUCAGGGUCAACAGGGACUAAUGUGGAGAAAUCAAAAGCUCCAGGAUAUACAGGGAGAUUUUCAGUCCCAAGAAAUGCAUCAAAUGCAGAAGAAGAUGAAAUCCCCCUCAUGGAAACUUUUGGGAUUGUCCCAAGAACUUUCAACAAGAAAGAUUACCUGGAAGUUCAGAACGUAGAGCUGUUCAAGCAGCAACAUGAAAAAAAUAAGAAAGAACAUCACACUGAUAGAUACUUUAACAACAAACUCAUCAUACGGCGUGGCCAGACCUUCAAUGUUAGAAUUGACUUUAAUCGUCCAUAUAAUCCAGAGCAAGAUCAGUUUUGGUUGGAAUAUCUUAUUGGCCGUACCCCGCAACAAAGCAAAGGCACGUAUAUACCGAUACCUAUCACGGAAGAACUGGAAGUAGGAAAGUGGGGAGCCAAAAUUAUACUCAAUGAUUACUACUCUGUCACUUUAUCGAUAUCAUCUGCUCCAAAUUGCAUCAUAGGCAAAUUCCGUAUGUAUAUUGCUGUGUUAACACCUCAUGGAAUACUGAGGACACCCCGAAUGUCUAACACAGAUACCUACAUUCUCUUCAACCCAUGGUGCAAAGAUGAUGCAGUUUACAUGGAUGACGAAAAAGAGAUAGAAGAAUAUGUCAUGAAUGAUAUUGGUGUGAUUUUUCAUGGAGAAGUAAACAAUAUAAAGAAAAGAAGCUGGGAGUAUGGGCAGUUUGAAGAGCAGAUACUUGAUGCUUGUCUUUUUUUAAUGGACAAAGCUCAACUGGAUCUUUCUGGAAGAGGAAAUCCUGUAAAGAUCAGCCGGAUUGGAUCCGCAGUGAUAAAUGGCAAAGAUGAUGAUGGUGUGCUUGCAGGAAACUGGACUAAUGAUUAUAGUUAUGGAGUAUCGCCAUCUGCUUGGACUGGAAGUAUAGAGAUCUUGCUAGAAUUCUAUAGUUCUAAGAUACCAGUAAAAUAUGGCCAGUGCUGGGUCUUCGCUGGUGUAUUUACAACAUUCCUGCGAUGUCUUGGAAUUCCUGCACGCCUUGUUACCAAUUAUUUUUCUGCCCAUGACAAGGAUGCCAAUCUGCAAAGUGAUGUCUAUCUAGAUGAAGAUGGUAAAACUAACACCACACUUACAAAGGACAGCAUCUGGAAUUAUCACUGCUGGAAUGAGGCCUGGAUGACCCGACCAGAUCUCCCAGUUGGAUUUGGAGGAUGGCAGGCUGUAGAUUCCACACCUCAGGAGAACAGUGACGGAAUGUACAGAUGUGGCCCUGCCUCCGUCCAGGCUAUUAAGCAUGGUCAUGUUUGUUUCCAGUAUGAUACACCUUUCCUUUUUGCAGAGGUGAACAGUGACAUUGUAUAUUCCAAGGUAAUGAAAGAUGGAACAAGAGAGGUUCAGUAUAUUGACAAAACUCAUGUGGGACAGAAAUUAUUAACUAAAGAAAUAGGAGGAAAUGGCCCACUUGAUAUAACUGAUCUAUACAAGUUUUCAGAAGGUACUGAAGAAGAAAGAUUGGCUCUUGAGGCUGCACUCAUGUAUGGUGUCAAAAAAGAAUUUCGAGAUGAGGAACAGUUUUUAUCUAGUUGUGACACUACAAUGGAAUUUCAAGAAGAUAACGCUGUAUUUGGCAGUGACUUCAAAGUCACUUUAACAUUCAAGAACCAAAGUUCUAAUCGUUAUACAGCAUCCGCCUUCCUAACAGGACAUGUUGUGUUUUAUACUGGAGUCUUCAAAUCAGAAUUCAAGAAUAAGACCAUCCAAGUGACUAUGGACCCAUUAUCCACUAAAACUGUGGAUGUUCAAAUAAAGGCCGGGGAGUACAUGACCAAUAUCGUGGAGCAGGCAUCUCUACAUUUUUUCGUCACGGCUCGCAUUAAUGAAACCAAGAAGAUAAUGGCCAAACAGAAUAUUGUAGUAUUGCAGGUUCCAGAACUCCGCAUUAAGACAAUUGGAGAGAAGAUGGUCGAGAAAGAAAUGACAGUGGUUUUAGAGUUCACUAAUCCACUGAAGAAAAAACUCCAGAACGUCAUUUUACGUAUUGGAGGUCCAAGUCUUAUGAAAACAAAAACUCAGAUUUAUAGAGAAGUCCCUGCAAAUACAACUGUGACUUGGGAGGAGACUUGUACUCCAAAGCUAGCAGGCAAGAGGAAACUUAUUGCAACUCUUGACUCAGAGACUCUUCGACAUGUGUAUGGAGAGCUGGACUUGGAGAUCUUAGCUAGAGACAAUUAGUAAAGGCUUUCUGUAUUUUCAGAAAGGUGACAGGUCCGCUCUAAAUCAUUUCUCUAAACUGGCUUUUGUAUGGAAUAAAUGGAACAUGGAAUUUUUCAAUAUUCAAGAUUUUGAGAAAAAACAAAACAUGAAAGUCAAAAGGAGUCCAGAUAUACCAGAGAUAUUCAGAGUGGGAUUUAUAUGCCAGGGGGACAUAAAUGCUGAUAAGUAAAUAUAAAGGUGAUAAACCUCUUGCUCUGAGGCCCACUAUGUUUGUACUUUCCUCCAUGUUUUAAUACAAAUGACAAAUACUAUAAUUGUUUACAUGCUAUAGCAUCAUUUUGUCAGUGUAUAUGCAUCUAACAGUCUAAUUUGUGAUAGAUUUGUUAUUCUUCACUCUAUAACCUUAAAGUGGUUUUCCAGGCUCCUCCAGAUAUUGAGAUAACCUUUCCUCAGGAUAGAUCAAUAUCAGAUUGGUGGGGCUCUGAUACCCCCAUGAUCAGCUGUUUCCUGGAGCUGGAAGCAUAGCUCCAUUCAAAGUGUAGUGGCCGUGCCAGGGUACUGCAGCUCAACUCUCAUACAAAUAAUAGGUCAUCUAUAUCUAGAACUUGGAGAACCACUUUACUCAUUCUCUUGACUAUGCAUACUUUAUGAUGAAAACCUUUUUAUUUGCUUUUAACUUUUUGUAAUCUUUUCAAUAUUGGUAAUAAAGCACAUUUCAAUA